AUGGCUUUUGCAAACCCUCAAAGUCAAAGAGCGUCUUUUUCUUCUAUUUCUACUCGUGGUUGGAAUUACGAUGUUUUCUUGAGCUUUAUGGGUGAAGAUACCCGUCAUAAAUUUGCAGAUCAUCUCUACAGAGCUUUGAAUCAGAAAGGAGUUCGUACCUUUAGGGAUAACGAAGAGCUAGGAAGAGGAGAAGAGAUUGCACCAGAACUUUUAAAAGCUAUUGAAGAGUCAAGGAUUUGCCUCAUAGUUCUGUCGGAAAACUAUGCCCGUUCUAGGUGGUGUUUGGAUGAACUGGCAAAGAUCAUGGACUGCAGGCAGAAAAUGGGAAAAUUAGUUUUUCCGAUUUUCUACCAUGUGGAACCAUUUCGUGUGCGAGGACAGACUGGGAGUUACGAAGAAGCAUUUGAAAUGCAUGAAAAAAAUGCAGACCGGGAGGGGAUGCAGAAGAUUCAGAGGUGGAGGAAAGCGUUGACGAUGGUGGCGAAUAUUAGCGGAUGGAUUUUACAGAAUGGGUAA